AUGAGCGCAUUGGACUUUGUGGUGCCGACCCACCAUGCCAAGCUGAAGCUGACUCUUCUGCUCACCAAAGAGUUGGCGGUGGCCAGCCCUUGUAUAGCCAAAAGUCUGGCUACCUCUUAUGCUCAAGCCAAGCUCCCAAAUUCUGCGGUUCGCAAGGCCUCUGGAAGCACUUUAGUUGAUGACGAUUAUAUUUGUACUGAGUACAAGUCGCUAAGUGUGGAGGAUUUGACGUCUGACGAUGAGAGCGUGGUUACUUCUCCACACAAAGGGUCCUUGAACCUGAAGUUGUUGGCAUUCAACAAGACUUUGAGCCAUUUUGCAAACACAAACAUCUAUGUGAUUUCGUCACCGCUGCAGUUGACCUAUUUGCUUAAUUUGCACAGUCUGGCCCGAAAUGCCAUGCCACUGUCCCUGGAGAUGUUUCCCUACUUGCAUGGACUUUCCUCUAUGAACCAAAGAGUGUACUUUCACCCCAAGUUUGACCCGCAAACAGACUUGGAUCUCUUGUCCGGUGAACCAGCCACGCUACCGGCCCGUUUUGGCUACGACACGGAUGUCAAGGUGCCUGACCUGGCAUUUCACUUGAUGACAGUCAACUCUUUGGAAUGUGAAAGACCGAAGCUCAUAAAUUCUGUUUCCGUUGAUGAUCUACUUACGUUCAAACUGUCAUACGUCCAUAAUCCAAAAUGUGAGGACUUUGACUACAAGGCGUUCGAAAAGUUCGACACCAUUUAUCAGAUCCUGGACUACUCCGAGUCUCGCGAACUCAUGAACAGAAACUAUGAGCUGCAGAUCAAGUUAAUGGCUCCGUUGUCGCAUUUCGUUGUCUACAAUAAUACCAUGAACUUCUUUGCCAACUCGGAGGCUGCUCGUGCCAUCCAACACUUGAUGGGGCCACACUCUAACAGAGCAGUGUAUGUGGUGGAUUUUGACGUCAAUCGUUGGCUGCAGAUGGGCGAGUACCUAGAUUCCAAGUCCAACUGCCAUAUUCUAGACCAGAAGUUCUCUGCGGACAUGGGGCCACUCAAUGAGCGACUCUCAUUCUUGGAGCAGAAUCUUAUAUGGCUGCUCAACGGAGUGAAGGAGCUCUUUCCUCGCUUCUACAUCGGAAAUGUCUACAACUUCAAGCAGAUAGUGUCGUCCAAUCAACGUCUGUCACAUUAUGACUUCAAGUUGCACAUAUACUGCCACGAGAACGCCAAGUUCCCAUCGCUUGGUGCCAUUAAUGAAAUGUUCAACAAGAUUGAGUCUGAGGGCUUGGAAGAGCCUAUUUACAUAGAAUUUCCAGACUCCAUCAUUAAGCUGGGCGUGAAGACCAUUUCACAAAGAGAAACUCUCAGCUACAUCAAUGUGAUGAAGCUCAUCAACUUGGUGGUCAACAAGUUCAAGAAGAAGGUGUUUGCAUACUCGUUUGAUGGUUUCACUGGAAUCACACUCCUUUCCCUAAGUAUGGGCUUGUUCUGGGGACCAGAUUCCAUUGAAGACGUGGUGUGUAACGUCUUUCGCAAGUCCUCCUUCAAGUUUUACUUCUUGCAAGGUGACUACAACUUUAUAAAGAACUUUGAGGUGUAUAUCCAGUGGGUCAAGAGGCAGGCUGUGAAGGAUUUUCAUCUCAUCGUAGAGUUGCCGUUGUCUAAAAUCAACGAUAACUACAGGCCUUACACGAAGCAGAUUGAUUGGUUCAAGGAAGGUGCAGACAUGAACUUCCCUUCCCAGAUGUAUGAAAAUCUAUACUUGGGAUCUGCUGAGCAUGCGUCAUCCACCACGGUUUUGAACGCUUUAAAGAUCACCAAAAUUGUCUCAAUUGAUGAGAAACCCGCAUGGUUUAAGUACUUGAAGUGUACCUUUGAACAUGAGGUUACGCUGUCAACCACGGGUCCUGUCGUCAAACCCAUCUACGUCUUCAACAAUGGAACGGCACAAGUUUAUGAGAUCGUGAUUAAUUCUGCUGUGGAAAGCAAAUUGUUUGAGGCAGGCGCCUCCAUCCCAGAAGUGAAGUCCAUCAUCUACAUCCACAAUGUCCGUGACGACGGAAAGGACUCACUUCUUCCUCUUUUGGUCAACUGUCCAGAGUCAAUCCAGCGCAGGUUCCUCGUGGACCCUAGAGACAAUGUGCGUGCACUCAUUCACUGCAGAAUUGGCGUGUCCCGUUCUGCGUCGUUGGUGAUUGCUUCAGUCAUGAAGUACUUUGGAAUGGAUGUGGUGGAGAGUUACAUGUUUGUUCGUGUUCGAAGAUUCAAUGUUAUCAUCCAGCCCAACCUCCGCAUUUUCUAUGAGUUAUUCUUGUUUGAUGAGAUGCUCCGUAAACGGAGGUUUGGCUCUGACUACAAGAAGAAACAUUGUUGGUGGGUAGUCUGCGAGCAGAUCUUCCGCUUGAACCAACAAUACAUGCAAUAG